AUGGCAUUUUAUUCUUGUCUAUAUCCCUAUAUUGAUAGUCGAUGUCACAUUCAUUGGAAAAGGCAAUUUCGUAUUCCUUGUGGUGAAUGUGGUACACUAACGACUUCUUCUUAUGGAAUGUGUGUAAAACAUGCUGGAAAGUAUUAUAGUAAAGCUAAUUAUAUAAAAAACAAACUUUCAUCUCCAACCACUAGUGUUCUGAAUCCAAAUCGAUCUGAUAGGCCUCAAGAAUAG